UGGGGGUUCAGGUUUCGAGUCCCCCGGACCGCACACCGUUCAUUCGCCCCCAUUCGAGACUUCGGAACGCUGUUGAAAAUGUCUGACGAAGAGCCUGUCGAUGUGAUGCCCGCGAUCCGCAAGGCGUGCGAGCCCAAGUGCGAGCAGUCCUUCAACGCCUACCAGGCCUGUCUGGACCGCGUCAAGGCCAAGGGCGUCGGCUCCUGCGACGGCCAGUACUUCGACUUCCUGCACUGCAUCGACAAAUGCUCCGUCCCUCAGAUCAUGAAGCACUUGAAGUAAACAUGUCAAUCUGCACACGGAUUCUAUCGUCUGCCGACGGUUAUCCUUAACUAGGUGCGCCAGUGCGUGCGUGCCUGUGAAGACGCUGUCUGCUCAGCAUUUCUGCCAGCCCAGGACGACUAUACUUACAACUUUCCAACACCAGAAAAAGAAAAUAACAUGUAUUGAUGGGUUUGCAGUGCAGACACUGACAUACUACUUGCUUUAGACACUUGA